AUGUCAUCGAAAACCAUCGCUACUCCACUCAUUCGCCAUGUAACGGCAAGGAACUAUGCACAAGCUGCUCCAGCUUUAAAAAAGGAUGUGAGAAUUCAGUCCAGUGUUUUGCCCAAUAAAACAUUUGUGGCUGCAUUGGAUAAUGGAUCUCCAGUAGCUCGUGUUACUAUCGCCUUCAAGGCAGGAUCACGCUAUGAGCCACAAACAGAAUUAGGCUCUGCACAUCUUUUGCGUUCUGCUGCAGGGUUAUCCACAAAGAAUGCUUCUGCCUUUAUCAUCCGUCGUAAACUUGCACAAAUUGGUGCAUCCUUCAAUGCUUCUGGUGACCGUGAAUUCAUAUACUAUACUCUUGAGGCAACCCAAGAUAAUUUACAACAAGCUCUUGAAUACCUAAACAACAUUGUAUCUAACCAAGAGUUUAGGCCAUGGGAAUUAAAUGACAAUCUGUCCCGUCUCAAGUUUGACCUUGCAGUACUGCCUCCUCAGAUUCGUGCAGUUGAUUUACUUCACAAGGCUGCAUACCGCCGUGGAUUGGGCAAUUCUCUAUUCAUUGCCCCUAAGAAGAUUGGGAAGAUCAAUUCUGAGUCUCUCCAACACUUUGCCGCCAGCACUUUGACACCUGGCCGAUGCGCUGUCACUGUUAUUGGUAACAGCCAGGACAAUGCCAGCCUUGUGGCUCAAGCACUUCAGCUGUCGUCAGGUAAUGAAACUCAAACUGAGGCUUCCAAAUACUAUGGAGGUGAAUUAAGAAAGGAAAUGGGAGGUGAGUUAGCUCACGUAGCUCUCGCAGUGCAAGGCGCUCCCGCUGGAUCACCUCAAAGCCUUGCUCUAGCUGUGGCUGCUAAGGCUCUUGGUAAUGGUCCAGUGACCAAAUGGGGAGCAGACAACACCCCUCUGGCCAAGGCUAUCGGCAACAUUGGACCAUUUGCAGCAGCUGGCUUCAAUAUCUCAUACUCUGAUUCUGGUCUCUUUGGUAUCAUACUGUCUGUCCCUAAAGACGAGGCUAACGCUGCCGUUAAAGCAGCAGCCAAAGUGCUGACAAGCGCCAACCUUAGCGCUGAUGCUAUCAAAGCCGGUAAGAACCAACUUAAGUUACAAGUGCUGACUGAAGCAGAAGAAGGCACCGUACUAGCUGAGUCUAUCGCAUCUCAGGGACUCUACACAGGUGUUGCCAAGUCGCCAUUAGACAUAGCUAAGGAAAUUGACAGUCUGUCCAACAGUGACAUCUCACAGGCUCUUUCAAAUGCAGCAAAGAACAAGGUAUCCAUGGGUGCAGCAGGAAACCUUGCCUUUGUUCCCUAUGUUGAUGAACUA